UAGUCAAGGACAGUUUGUGUUGGCACAGGAGCGCUUCACAUUCCGUCUGUCAGUCUGCCCUGCUUUUGUUGCAUAUACUGCCGACACUACGGGACAUCUGUGAUUGGUUCAUCCCUCCCUCUCCUCCCUCCCUCCCGCGUGAUUGUAUGUAAAUCCGGUCGGGACUGAGCCAGUAGGUGAGGUUGGGGCUGGUGGCUCCUGCCUCGGUGGCGCACACGAGACCCGAGAGCGGCCGAGGUGAGAUCGCUGCUGCGCCGUCAGAGCUGUCCACUGUGCCGUGGUGCUGAACUCCUCAUCCCGCUGCGCGCCUCCGUCCUCCAUCGGCUCUACUCUACACUGCUGAUAUUUUGGGAAAGGAUUAACAACCUCCCCUUUGGCCGCCUCUAGGUGCAAACUUCUCUUGAGGACAUCUCUGUGUCUACACAUCGGAAAUUACUCCACACACACACACACACACAAACACAGCAGCCGUGGAUUUGACCGGAGCUCGAGAUUAUUAUUAAUAAUAGUUUGUUGAGAAGUGCUGCUUCCUUCCGCUCCCCGCUAAUCUCGCUUGGAUUAUCCCCCUGGAUGGUUUACGUCUGGACACACAGGAAAAGACCAAUGAAGACAGCCAGAUGGUGGUCGGCGGCAAUUUUACUGAUGGGGCUCGCUGUGCUCGGCGCCAACGGGAGACCCAACAAGGAGGGAUUCAGGUCGCCGCUCUAUCGACCAGUCGUGAGAUUUCGACACAAGGAUGGCGUCCCUGAGAGCUUGAGGAUAAAGGGUUUUAUGGGACACAAUGGCUAUCCAAGUCCAUGUGAACACAAGUACUGUGGCUUGGGGCGUCACUGUGUGGCCAACCAUGAGACUGGCCAAGGGGAGUGUAAGUGCUUGGAUCACUGUAAACCACACUAUAAACCCGUGUGUGGUUCAGAUGGGAAGCUGUAUCAGAACCAUUGUGAGCUUCACCGGGCCUCCUGUCUCAGAGGACACAGGAUUACCAUCAUGCACAGUGAGGAGUGCUUCUACAAAGAUGAUAACUGCAGACUGAGUGACUACCGUCGGCUGAAAAACAAGAUUCUGGAUUUGCAUGACAAACGAUACAUGGGGUCUAACAUCCAUGGGGCCCACAAGGACAACAUGGCUGCCAGGAAGCAACUGGUUGAUAUGAUGUUCAAGCGCUUUGAUGCAGAUAACAAUGGUCAAAUAGAUGCCAGCGAGCUCUCACAGGUCAUCAAGCAUGAAGGUCUGUCCAAAGAUGUCUCUGAGUGCACAUUGUUCGACCUGCUGAAGUACAACGAUGUCAAUGACGACGAGCACCUGACAAAAGAGGAGUUUUACACAGCUUUGGAUGUGUACCUGCUCACCCUGCCAGAUGACCAGAAAGUUAGCGUCACCACGGUAACAGUUGGCCAGAGCGCCGUGUUGACGUGCGCUAUCACAGGGGAGCGGAGGCCUCCUAUACUGUGGAAGAGAAACCAUCAAUAUCUGAACUCCUUGAACCUGGAAGACAUCAAUGACUUUGGGGAUGAUGGCUCACUGUACAUCACCAAGGUGACCACGACCCACAUGGGCAACUACACCUGUCAUGCUGAUGGCUACGAGAAACUUUUUCAGAUUCACACUCUUCAAGUGAAUGUUCCUCCCGUCAUUCGAGUGUACCCAGAGAGCCAAGCCAGGGAGCCGGGCGUCACUGCCAGCCUGCGCUGCCACGCCGAGGGCAUCCCCAGCCCCCAGCUGGCCUGGCUGAAGAACGGCAUGGACAUCACAACCAAGCUGUCCAAACAACUCACCCUGCAAGCUAAUGGGAGCGAGGUGCACAUCAGCAACGUGCACUUUGAGGACACCGGCGCCUAUACCUGCAUUGCCAAAAAUGAUGCUGGCGUAGACGAGGACAUCUCUUCGCUAUUUGUGGAGGACUCAGCGCGCAAAACUUUGGCAAACAUUUUGUGGCGAGAAGAAGGGCUCGGCAUCGGCAACAUGUUCUACGUGUUCUAUGAAGACGGUAUUAAAGUCAUCCAGCCUGUGGCGUGUGAGAUACAACGACACAUUAAGCCCAGUGAGAAGCUGCUGGCUCUGAAGGAGGAGGUGUGCCCCACCUCACCAGGAGAGGAGGUUCAGAGGUGUGUGUGGUCAUCAGCGGUCAACAUCAAGGACAAGUUUAUUUAUGUGACACAGCCAACCUUGGAUCGAGUGCUCAUCGUCGACAUCCAGUCUCAGAAGGCUGUCCAGACGGUCAGCACCGACCCUUUUCCUGUGAAGCUUCACUAUGACAAAUCUCACGACCAGGUGUGGCUGCUCAGCUGGGGAGACAUGGAGAAGAACUUCCCCACUCUGCAGGUGAUCAAUCAGGCCAGUGGAAGAAUCUCCCACCACACCGUUCACACACAGCCAAUCGGCAGACGCUUCGACAGGGUGGACGACUUCUUCAUCCCCGCCUCCAGCCUCAUCAUUAACCACAUCAGAUUUGGGCUCAUCCUUCACCGAAAUGAGCCUGUCCUCCACAAAAUUGACCUGGAGACGACGUCCUAUGUGAAAAACAUCAGCUUACGGGAGUAUAACUGCAUCCCCAAAUCCGUAGCCUACACCCAUCUCGGCGGCUACUACUUUGUCAACUGCAGGCCAGACUCCACCGGUGCCACGCAGCCACAGCUCAUCUUAGACAGUGUAACAGAUAGUGUGAUUGGCCAAAACCGUGAUGUCACCGGUACUCCAUACGUCUCUCCAGAUGGCCACUACUUGGUCACUGUCGACGAUGGUGAUGGCCUGAUGAGGAUCCAGGUGAUCUCAGAGCGAGGAGAGAUCCAGGAGCCCUUUGAUAUACACACCAACCUCCACCUGUCAGAUCUGGCCUUCCAGCGCUCCUUCACAGAGGUCCACCAGUACAACGUGUUCGGCAGCUCCGGUCGUCAAACUGACGCUCUGUUUGUGGAGCUGAGCACCGGAAAAGUGAAGAUGAUCAAGAGCUUGAAAGAGGCCACCAAGCCAUUCGAGUGGCCGUGGAGCAGUAGGAACAGGGUAAUGGCAAGCAGCGGACUGUUCGGACAGUACCUCAUGACCCCGUCCAGAGAGUCCCUGUUCAUCCUGGACGGACGGCUCAACAAGCUCAACUGUGAGAUCACUGAUGUCCUCAAAGGCAAUGUGGUGGUGUGGGUCGGCGAGUCUUAGGUCAUAACGUCAAGACCCAAUGAGCUUUCUUUUCCUCAAAGGUACUGUUGCACUGAAUUCUGUUGCAGAUUUUUAAUUUUGUGGGAACACGAUAGUGAAAACCACAGAUUCAGAAACCAAAUUGACCAUUUGUAAGUCCACUGGAUGAGGGACUGUCAUCCACAAAAAAAAAAAAACAAGUGAGGGAGUAAUUGAUUGAUAUUGUCUUAAAGCCAAGUUUAAAUCAUGUCCCCCACUGGCUGGUUCAUGUUUAAGUCAACAUAAAGUUGCUUGCUGGUAAUCUUUUCAGGAAAAUUGGUAUGAAUCCAUAAAUAUGUGCAACUUUGCAUUAUUAUUCACAAUCGGUUGUAUUCAGUGUGUGGGAAUGCUGUAGAUAAUCUGAAACUAAUAUUUAAGUGAAUUGGCAGAAAUAGAUAUAAUAUAUAUAUUAACUGUAUAUGUCCGGAUUAACUCUUGUAAUUUAAGUUUACCCAUCCCAACUUUUUUCCUGUGCCUUCAAGGAAAAUUCCCCUCCAUCAGAGGAAUUAGCUUAAUUAUUCCCAGUGUGACUGCAGACUACACCUCCUCCUUUGACCCCUCCAUUUGUGGUGAGCGUGGUUCCUCACAAAUCUACCGCUCUCGUCUAUCCGUCCGUCCAACGCUGCUGAUUCAGUCUAAUUAAAACGAGCCCUUGCUGUGAUCCCAUCCUGUUUGAAGUGGAGACCAAGAGACUGAGUGGUUCAUUAUGGUUGUGCGCUCUGUAGCCUUUGAUCCAGAAUUAUAACCAGCGUUGGAAGGCUUUGAAUGAUCUCUAUAUUGUUUUUCUUUUUAGUCCAAAGCAGAAAAAUGAAAGUCAGUUGCAACGUUAGUUAAAUUGUACCAGCUUUAUACACGACACAUUGUGAGAUUUAACGUAUUUCAAAAUGUUCCUUAGCAAUGAGUCAAUAGAGCACUUGUGUGUGAAGAAAAUCAUAACUUUAAUAUCCCUGGACCAAAAAAGAAAUGAAAAACAUCUUAGAGUGUAAUAGAGUGAACCGCUGAAAAACAUGCAUUGUCUGCUCUGUUUGACAGCGUGUUUCAAGUGGAUGUUUUUAAUGUGAAGUAAUGAUGAGCUAGCACACUGGGGAGUGGGGUAGUUAUAUUGUGUAGAGGGUCAUUGAGGCUUUGAAUAUGACAAACAACUCUUUCUGAAUGCUCCUGCAGUAGACACGUAGCUGGCGAGUCAAUGAAACAGUUUCCUAGCUGGACACAUUUCUAUGCAUUUUCACCCUGGCACUCUAUGACUCUGUGUGAAUCACAAUGGGCAACUGUAUCUCAAAUUUAGUGAGGACUUUUGAUGUGUACAGAUUAUAUAGUCAUUCCGUCUUUCCUGUUAAAUCUUAAUCGUAUAUAUUUUGAUUUUAAUUUCUUUUCCCCAGCCACGUUAUUUUCAAACCUUUAAACCCGACUGUAUUGCUGAUGAUGACCUCUGACCUUUUCUCUCUAUUUAUGUUCUGUACAUAGCGGCUGACUGUGACUCCAUUAGUUUUCCAUUCAAUGUACAGAUUCACGCAGGUUCGGUUUAUAAUCAACACACUCCUUUUUAAGAAAUGAAAAUAAAACACAGCUGUCAUUAUCAAUAUCUUGUACCCCGAGCACAUUGUGAUCACAAACACCGCUUUCACCUCCAUAUAGCCAUGUCUUGUAUGUUCCUUCAUGUGAUUGUUAUUUAUAUAGAGAAAACACGCUUGUCAUUUUACCCAACAAUAAAAAAACUAGACCAUGAA